AUACUAAAUGUCGAGACCCAUCCACCGUCGUCCGUUUACCUUGACCUGGCUCUCUCUUCUUUUGAUAUUCAAGUUUGUAACUGUGCCUCUCGUCUCUACCGUCUCUUUUACGUUCAUCCUUGUUCGACCAUCGGGAUAUUGCCAUUUGUUCAGGAUUUUCCUUCAUCCUACCAUUCUCAUUAUCAUCCGUCUGAUAUCAAGCAUCUCUGCUGAAUUGUCCAGCCCUACUCGACUUUUUUCCGCACCUACUGCACCUCACGCCGCAGUAUUCAAUUUUUCGCGCGUUUCUAUACGUCCUCGAAAAAUAGCCAAGCUAUUGCAUCACCCCUGCUCCUAACGAGCUCCAAUCCUUUUCUUUCGAGUGGGACAUCACGCUUGGAAGCCUGACGUACCUAGAGCAACGAAGAGCAACGCGACUUGUCUAGCCGCGUACGGUCAUCGCUCCAUCUAUCACGACUCACAACAUUCCUUUCACGGUGUUUUCACCAGGCUUGACCCAAAGCACUACCCCCUUGUAAAUAUUACACCGAUCAACAACUAGAUAGCCAAGAUGCCUCCAGUAAGUGCUCAGACGCGACCGAGAGGCUUGGGUUCCUCCCCUGAUCAGCCAUUCUAACUUGAGUAGCAGGCUCGGGCCACUCGUACGCGCCUCGCCGGCAACGAGAACGACGAGAACAGCAGCACGACGCGUCUUACAAGAGCCCAAGCUGCCGCUCUCAAGGUUGAUGAGCUAUCAAUGCCUGCUAAGGCUGCCCUGCAAACAAAGAAGUCCACAGUCAACGGUACCGCCGCCAGUAACACGCGGAAACGCGCUGCAUUGGGCGAUGUCAGUAAUGUAGGAAAGGUCGAUGGUGUUGCUGGAAAGAAGGCCAAGGGACUGGUCUCCAAGGCUGCUCAGCCCACCGGUAUUGAGAAGAAGACCGCGCGUCCUACCACAAGAACUGCUCUCGGCUCGAAGCCUACCAACUCCAAGACUCAGUCCGGUUCCGGUACCAUAAACAAGCGAAAGGUUGCAACAGAUACCGCCAACACCAAGAUAAAAGCUCCCGUCAACGAAAAUGAGCAUCCUUCCAAAAAGCAGCAUCUUAUUCCUGAGGAGCGUGAACGAUCAGAGACACCAGUCGAGGUUGAAGUCGAGAAGCCUGAGGUCUCUCUGGACAAGGCUGAGGUACAAGAUGCACCUUUCGAGUACCCUCCUGGCGUCAAGGACUUGGACAGCGAGGAUCUAGAAGAUCCUCUUAUGGUUGCCGAGUAUGCCAAUGAGAUCUUUGAGUACUUGCGCGAUCUUGAGUGCAAGUCGAUUCCCAAUCCUCAAUAUAUGUCUCAUCAGGACGAGCUCGAAUGGAAGACGCGUGGUAUCUUGGUCGACUGGCUCGUUGAGGUCCAUACCCGUUUCCAUCUACUCCCCGAAACCCUCUUCCUCGCCGUCAAUCUCAUUGAUCGCUUCCUAUCCGAAAAGGUUGUCCAGCUUGACCGUCUCCAGCUUGUGGGAAUCACUGCCAUGUUUAUCGCUUCUAAGUACGAAGAGGUCCUCUCUCCUCACGUCGAGAACUUCAAGCGCAUUGCCGACGAUGGCUUUACUGAGGCCGAGAUUCUGAGUGCUGAGCGAUUUAUUCUGAGCACUCUCAACUAUGAUCUCAGCUACCCCAACCCUAUGAACUUCCUCCGCCGUGUCUCCAAGGCAGACAAUUACGAUAUCCAGUCUCGAACCAUUGGAAAGUACCUUAUGGAGAUUGGCCUGCUGGAUCAUCGAUUCAUGGCCUACCGACCUAGUCACAUUGCCGCCGGUGCCAUGUAUUUAGCACGACUGAUGCUUGACCGUGGCGAAUGGGAUGAGACGCUUUCUUACUACGCUGGUUACACUGAGGACGAGAUCGAGCCUGUCGUUCACCUCAUGGUUGACUACCUCGCUCGCCCUGUCACUCAUGAAGCAUUUUUCAAGAAGUAUGCUAGCAAGAAGUUCUUGAAGGGUAUGUAUCUCUCCUAGCGCGCCAUGAAUAGCCAGCUGACAAAUGACAAAGCUUCGAUCCUUGCCCGCCAAUGGGCAAAGAAAAAUGCUGUUCUAUUUGGCAUCACCGACGUUCAUCUGAGCCUUGAUGAGCUAUCAUAGGCACUUUCAAGCCACCACUUUUUAUGGCACAUGUUAUUCGAUAUUCUGAAGAACAGGAUACUCGGCUAGCGGUUGGAUUCAGCUACACCGCCGCCUCACGACGUUAAUAGAUCACCGACGCCCUUUGAUAAACCUUCUGGGCCAUCAUGAUACCACACAUUCCACUGUCGAUACUCGAGCGAGUAUGCUAUGAAAAGCACUUGCCGUAUUGGUCUGGAUUCAUAUUCUCACUGUCUGAUAUUACGGACAGCAUCUGCAAUUUUUUGUUUGCGAUUGUCUGGUUUUUGCACAUUUCCCAAAGCAUGCUUUUCGUCUUCAUACAUGGCGCAUGGAGUCACUGGCGAAGGAAGUUAGGGGCUUGGUUCGGCUGGUUGGAGUUGGCUGUGCAGACGGCCUAUUCACGGGGCACUGGACGGGGAGUAAUGGAACCUGUACGACACGGGCCAUGGGGUAGCGGGUGCAAGCUGAGCUUGACAUCUGGCGGUCUGGCGAUGUUUCUCAAUGACUGGAGUAAGAGAACUCGAUACGGCUCUUGUGCAUCUCGGCUACCGUCGUGAAAAGGGCUUGUGAUAGAAAAUUGUACAUAUACCAUGACCGGAUUACGGAAAGAGCCCAGGGAGGCAGGAAUGAAGUUUUACAUUUCACGAAUACUUGGACCACUGUGGAUGAUUGUGGGCAGGGCCUUGGAUGGUUACAGUGGGUAAAUUCGCGUGCUAUCGGCUGCCUGCCUAGGUACGGACGGAUAGAGCUGGAUGUUUACGCAGAACAUGAUUAAUGUCGAAACGGUUGCCGUUGGAGACGGCAUCCAUAAACAUGGUUUUUAAUGCACUAGCCUGG